AUGAGAAAGUGGGGGUUAUUGACACUAGUAGGGGUUCUAAUGAUAACAAAUUGUGUGAUAGCACGAAGAAGAUUGUCUCAACAAGAAAAUUUGGAAUUAGAGUUGCAACUUAAGCUUCUGAAUAAACCUGCGCUUAAAACUGUGAAGACGGAACAUGGUGACGUAUAUGAUUGUGUCGAUUUCUAUAAGCAACCUGCGUUCGAUAAUCCUCUUUUAAAAGACCAUGAUUUUCAUUUUGACAUGAAACCAAAUCAUGAGAUCCAAAGAUUGACGACUCGCGAAAGUAAAGAUUUGAGUAGCGACAAGAUUAAAGCAUUUGAGUUCAAAGGAGUCGGGUGUCCACAUGGAACUGUACCAAUCAAAAGGACAACCAAAGAGGAUCUGAUGAGGCUUAGAAACUCAACCGCCUCGAUUCUACAUCCUCAAACCGAUGCUGAUGAACCGGGACUACACUUUGCGGGAGCUCAAGUGAAUAACAGAAAGCUAGACAAUAUGAAAUUAGGAGGAGGAGAAGCUUAUUUUAGCCUAUACCAAACUCCAGACGUUGGCCAAUUGCAAUUUAGUUCUGGUUUGAUCAAAGUAGCUGCUGGUGAUGAUUUCAUAAAAGCCGGUUGGACCGUGAAUCCAACAUUAUAUGGAGAUAAUCGUUGUCGAUUAUUUGUGUAUUUAAAAACAAAGAACGAGAGAUGUUUCAAUACCAACUGUCCAGGUUUCGUCGUAAAAAAUUCCGAAAUCCCUCUUGGUCAUGUCUUCAAGGUGUCCAAACCCAACGAGAUAAUGGAAAAUAGAUUUUACAUCUUCCGAGACAUUGCGAGUGGGAACUGGUGGUUAAGAUUGGGUGACAUGGACGUAGGUUUUUGGCCAAUUCAAACUCUAGUAGGAUUAGGUGAUACUGCCACCGAUAUAUACUGGGAAGGAGAUGUGUUCAGUGUCCCGAACUCAAAGAGUUGUCCGAUGGGUAACGGCAAAACAAUGACGGGUCCGUACCCGAAACUAUAUGCAUAUGCACGCGGAGUGUCGGUUCUUGACGAAAAUAAAGGAACACUUGAGUCAGUAGAUGAUAGAAACGAUCUUGUAUCAGAUAUCGGUAUGAGAUAUGUUCUACAAAGUCUUGAUGGUUGGGGUAAAACCAUCUUCUUUGGUGGUCCUUCUGGUGUAUUUGGAAAAUAG